AUGCCUCGCAAACGUAAGUCCAGCCUUUCAAGAGUAUCUUCUCAAAGACAAGCGAAAAGAUUAGCUGGAUCGCUAGAAUCUUUAGAAGACGCUCAACUGAGAAGGCAAGAACAAGCAGAGCGUCAGACUGCUUUUAGAUCAUCUGAGACACCUUCUCAACGUCAGCAAAGGCAUCUUGAACAGACAGAGCGUCAGGCUGCUUUAAGAGCUUCCGAAACACCUUCUCAAAAGCGUCAAUCUACUUUAAGAGCUACUGAAACACCUGCUCAAAGUCAGCAAAGGCUAUUCGAACAAGCGGAACGUCAGGCCGCCUUAAGAGCCGCGGAAACACCUGAUGAAACUCAACACAGACUCAUUGAGCAAGCUGAACGUCAAUCUACUAUAAGGGCAUCUGAAACACCAGAACAGACACAGGCGCGAAGAGAUGUAAAUGCACAGCUCCAAGAUGAACGUCGACAAAAUUUUCAAAGAAACAAUUGGUCGGUUUUUAAUGACGCAGCAUUCAAUUAUGAUCCGUUGAUUGAUUAUAGAAAUCACAGGUUAGUUGUUAUCGGACUGAUGGACAAGGCGUGUCGAUUUUGCAGCGCUUUAAAAUGUAAUGAUGGCAAAGUGUCUCUUCCGUUACUUGGGGAACCAGAAGAACCUUUGAAAACUCUCUUUUUAUACAUAUGA